UAGAAAAUCAGUUUCAAGUCAACAAUCGACCUAAGCUAAGUAAAUUUUAAUUGAAAAUGAAGUUCGCCGUAUUCGUGAUUUUGGCUUGCUUGAGCGUUUGUUACAUUAAUGCCGUCAAUCCGAAAAUUCAAACCUGGGGACAAAUCACUAGCCGUACACUUGGCACGAAGAACAUUGUAAUCCCUUCAUCGCCGUAUCAAUCGAAAAACUUCACCUUUUAUUAUCCAGAGGGACAAUCAACUUAUCCAAUCUACGGAAUCCAGCACUUCGACUUUACAUUGAACUCCACAGUGAGAUUCUUGAAAGGAGGCAUCGGUCAACGCAAUGUCACUCUUUUCGUUGAAUCACAACGCGGCCAACCAAUCAACUCUACAUUCAUUUUCUACGCAUAAAACAUAUUCCAAAUGGUGAUUUUGAUGGGAAUCAAUGAGAUUUUUUUUUGAAUAAAAUUCAAUUACAGUAGAAAAAAUCCAUUCAAUUUUAUUUGUCAUCAAUAAAAGGACUGUUGCUAGGCAUAUUCAAAACAA